GAAGGGAAAAGGAUUGAGACAGAAUUGUGUUUUGCGUUCAAGUUUGGGUCGGUAGAAGGAUCUUCUUUGGUUGUUGGCUGCCUUUGUCGAGAACCCCCCUAAAGCAAGGAGGAGCAGCUGACGGCGCUUUCAUAAGAACUCCGCUGGCCAAGACGGAGCUCACGGAAGUCACAGGCGUGAAACACGCAUCUUCACAUAAAUUACUUCUUCGUUUUUUUUUAUUCUGUUUAAUUUUGUUUUAUGUUCUCUUUCAUCGCUAGAUCGGACGAGAGCGAAUUCGAAAUCUACUUUCAUUCAUGCCAGGACUUCUGCGUGCAUCGUCGCGCUGCCUUGCCUCCUACCGCGAUGGGAGGCGUCUCCUCGACGCGUAUCAGCUCCUCAUCACAAAGAAGCCCGUCGAGUACGACUACGUCGCCGUCGAUAUCAACUCCUUCUUUGGCGGAGCGCAGCGUCUCGCGAAGAAUGUGGCGCCCGAAACGCGCCGGAACCGCGAAGUUGCGCGACACGUUGUGCACGCAAUCCAGCAGCUGCUGCGCCGCAUUGUGUGCAAACACUCGCUGCUGCUGGCGCUGGACGGGGCUGGCACCGCUGCCACCGUGUACAACUUUCGUCACAGUCCCCUCACCCGCCGGCAGGACACGCGGCGGCUGCGGCUGCCGGGCAUGUCGAUGACACGCACCGUCGAAGAACGCGUGGUGAAGGGGAUGCCGUUUUCCCGCGGCCUCGUCCCCCGCGAGGUUGUCGUUGCCGGCACGAACGUGGCGGGCAGCGUGGAGCGGAAGGUGACGGCGUGGGCGCUCGACCUGGCCUGCCGCGACGGCACUCAGCAGCACACCACGCGCUCGCUCUGCGUGAUCGGGUCUGGUACGCUGUGGCACACGAUGCUGGGCCUGACCCCGUACUUUCAGGGCACCCACAUCAUGCACGGCUCGACCGACCUGCGACACUUAACGCUGAGCGACACGCUGACGUGGCUGCACCUGAGCGCGGCGGUGCAGAGCGGUGACACGUACGCCGUGACGACCGGCCGCAUCGACGCGCUAUUACUGACGUUGUUGUGCAACGGGUACGAGGUAACGGAGCUGCCGGCGCUGCCCGGGGCAAACUUUGUAGUAUUGAUGGACGCCUAUCACCGUCGACGUUGCGCGGACAGCUCGACGAACGCGGCCGCCGCCUCGUCCCCCGCAGCGACCGGCACUACCCCUCAUGCACACCUCAAUGGGGCAUCCCCGACUUCCCCGUCGUUUCAGCUGUUCCGUGAGAUGCCCCACAACGUCUUGGAGGUGGACCUACUCGCCCUCUACCUUCUCUUUCUCCCCGAGAAUGAAGUCGCGACCGCGGUGGCGGAGCUGACGAGUGACGUUGCUGCUGCUGCUGCUCCGUCCUCUCAGCCUACGCCGCCAGCAGCGACCUCGCGCGAACCGCCCAGGGACGCCUCUUAUCUUUUCUUUGAGAGCUUCCUCUCCCACGUGCUCAGCACACAUUACCUCCUCUGCUACGGCGAGACGACGGCCGACGCGUUGCGGGUGCCUUUUUACCUUACGAACUUCACCGAUUCCUAUACAACCACCACCUUUAACAGGGAAGACAGAGUUGUAGAGGGAGGGAAAAGCGAAGUCACUGGCGAUACUACAGCUAGAAAACCUCGACACGUCGACGCAGACAUAAAUAGAAAAACAGAAGUCACGUUGUCCGUGAAGAUGUGGGUCGAGUUUCUAAAGAAGUGUGUUCUUGAUGGCAGGCGCUACCACGUGGUGAACUGCAUUCCUCCUCCUUCUUCUUCUGCGGAGACACCGGCACCGGCAUCGCGCACACCGACGAUGACGAUGACGGAGACAGAACUAACAGCGUCCGUGACCUCCCCUAACUCACGACAGCCCACGGAAGUCGCCUCAACGGAGGCGAUCAGCACCACUGCCGCGCCGCCCGCCUCGUCGCCGUCGUUUUACCCCUUCUGGACUGUCCAUCAGCCGUGGACAGCCGCCGAGUACACCCUCCUCUGCCAGACCCUCCCCAAUCAAGUAGAGUCGCUGCUGAAGGAGUACCUCCCGAGCGUUGCGCACACGAUCCAGGCCGAGUUUGUCCGCUACCUCACCUCCCAAAGUCUCAGCGUCGACGAGGCACGUCGUGCGGUGCAGCGUCUGUUUGCCCACGCCAACGUCGACGCGCCGCAUCCGUCGCUGUGCCUCAGUCCAUCCUAUUACUGGGCACACAACGAGAAGUCGCGCAUGUGGAGCAUGCGCUACGUCGACCUCGGUGUGCAGGCGAGAAGAUCGGACAUCCGCCACGCGCGGAGUCUCCUUUCCGGUAUGAAUAUGAGCCAGCAGCAGUCCGAAGAGGGCGCGAUCAUCUUUGACGCUGAGGCGCAGGCGUGGGCGCUACAGCCCACGUUCCCCCUUCCCACACACGACACCGCGACGGUAUCCACAAAAGUUGACUUGGAGAAGGAGGGGGAGGGAGGAAAGAAAAAAGGCAGCUUCACCGCCGUGCUCCCCGCCGGUGCGGCACCGACGCUGAAGGUGCUGACGUGGAACGUGAUGUUCGACCGGUACAGCAACCAGCCCACGCCACUCGGCAUGCCGGGCAUCGACUGGUGCUCUCCGAAGCGCUACCCCGUUUUGGCGAAGAUCAUCGCGGACGAAAACGCAGACGUGGUCGGGAUGCAGGAGGUGGAGCUGGCGUUUGCGGAGUACCUGGCCGCGCAGCCGUGGUGCCGUGAGCGGUACAUCAUGUCUUGCCGUCCUCGCAGCCCCAUAUUGGACCCCUGGGGGGUGCUGCUGCUCGUCCGACGAGGCGAGGACGCGUGGCCGGUGCAACAGCUGAUGCAUUUGAAUGUGCCGGCGUGGUCCGGCCACGUUUCGCUGAUGCCCGUCGUAACGCUGGACUUGUCGAGCAAAGGGAGGCGACGCGACGGCGGCGACGCACGCCUGUCCACGUCGUCCGCCGCGGCCCGCACGUCGCGCCAGGUGAGUGUGUGUGCGAUGCAUCUGCUCGCCCCGUACCUGAAGGCACACGAAACGGCGAGAACGGGGCAGGAUCAGGCCUUGCGGCACUGCCUGACCCGCCAACUGCACGGCGACACAAUUGUGAUGGGGGACUUCAACGACUGGCCGAGCAACGAAUUCAUCAUGCCGGCCGAGACGCGCUACGUCGAGUGCUGGCCGAUGGUGCGUCCGGGCGACUACGGCAAGACGAUGGAUGAGUCGAACACCUUUUGUAAGCUGAAGAUCGAGGAGAUUUUCUUUGGGCGCUCGGACAAGCUUUUCUUGCGUACCGGCGGCGGUUCGAGCAACGCGCCUCCGCUGCUGAAGCCGGCGGAGGCCCACCUGGUUGGCACGCGCAGCGUGAAUGCGGAGAACGGCAACCAAGACGCUCCGGCGUACCUUUUCCCUUCGGAUCAUUACGGUGUAAGCAUGACCUUUCAGGUGCUGCAACUCGGUUCGCAAGCGUAA